ACAGACAGCCUGUCAAGCCCAGCGCAUAGGUAGGUCAACGGGUACGGGACUGAUCGAGUCGGGUGGUACCGAAGGAAUUAUUAUCCAGCACAACGAUACGGCAUUUGUUUCACCAUGGACUCAUUCAAACGGUUUCAGGAUGACGACUAUAAAAACUGGAUUAAAACGACCAUGGGUCUGAAUUGUCUUAAAACGCGACUAGGAGGGUUUCUGGAAAACGAAACCGAAACUUACCACGAUCACCUCCGAAACAAAGUGAACACAGGAGGCAAUGUAUGUAAAACUGAAUGUAACCUGAAGAAAUGGACCCCCAAGUCAAAGCAGCUUCCUCAAGUGUGUAAAGUGUGCGAGCCAUGGAGAGAUGAGAUCUUGGCAAACCAUUCAUGUAAAGGCGGACAGGUCUACUGGAAUAACUCCAAGCCGUACCUGUGGCCUACGAAGAAAUGGGAGGUAGCCAAGGUCUACAUGCCCCGUGGAAAUACAGACCACACCGCGGUGGACCAAUUUGACAUCUCAGCCUUCCUCAAUCUCAUGUCCCAAUGCAGACACUUUGCCAAGUUUGUGAAGUCCAAAAAUCUUAUCACACAGGUGACCAACGUGAGGAACCAGGUGAUGCAUUCGGCUGACUUCCGGGUGGUGAAGAUGGAUUUAGAAUCUUACCUAGGGCGAAUCAAAGACCUGGGCCAGGCUCUGACAACACACUACCCCAAAUUCAGUGAGCUGGCAGAGGAGAUCGAACAGCUCCAGAAUACAGACUUCGAUUUUAUCAUGAGCUGGGUUGGGAAGAAGAUUGUACUUGCGGCAGAUGAGGUCCCAGAGAGCAUGCUGAAACUCCAGAACUUUCUGAGUCUGGAACAACAGAUACUGAAGGAAAAGUUGGAGUGUCUGUCCCAACGCUAUGAAGAGGACAGAGAGACAGCCCUUACUCUGGAGGAGUUGCAGUGUGUGAGGGUGUUUCUGGAGGGGAACAAUGACCUGCAGGUGAGCCUGGCGCCACAGUGGGAGAAACUGAGAGAGGUGCAGGAAAGAGUGGACACACUCACCGUCAGAGUGGACACACUGGAGAAGAACACACGCACACACGAUCCUGAGUUCAGUACUGACAUCCUCAGAUAUAAGAACCAUCUGUAUGAGGAGGCCAGGAGGCAAGGGUGGCCUGAGCCUGUCUUCUCAGAGAUAAAGGAAGCCCUCGGUUACAGGGGUCGUGUGAAGGUGAGAGGUCAGACAUUUGAAGGUGUUCAGGUGUGCCCAAAGUCGAAGACAGCGCACCAGGAAGUGGCUAAACUGGCCCUGAGCCAGCUAGCCAAGGACAGUGCUAGCCUGAGUGAGCUAGCCAAUGACACCCAGGAGGGGGAGGCAUCCAGUAGCCAGACGGACCAACCACAAAGCCUCUCAUCCACAGGCCCCGUGUUCUUUGGUAGUGUCACUGUGGUCCUUAAAACUGACAUCACCUCUGGAGAGGGGCAUUCUGGGGAGACAGAGGCUGUUCAGUCUGCCUACAAGAAACUAGCUCUCCUGUUGGAUCUACCAGAAUCAGCUUCCUCCUAUAAGGAUGUGGUCCUGGAGCACUGUCAUACGCGGGAUGUCCCACCCCCAGAGGAGGCCGUUCAAUCUGAUGCAGAGGGGAAGAGCUACCAAUGCACUCUUCGAUUCACUGGACCAAUCACCUUCUAUGUCCCAGAGGGUUCCAGCAAAAAGAAACAGGCAUAUCAGCAGGCAGCUAAAGUGGCCCUCCAGCGGCUGUCCGGAGUCCUCGGCAUUAAGGAAGUGGUGGGAGGGAACUACGUGAGCACCCUGAAAGAGCUGCUGGAGGCUCAGACCCCACAACUUGACAAGCCUGCGUAUGAUGUCACAGACAGAGGAAUGGGAGCGGGGGAGGUCACUGAGAGAGGGGUGGGGGGGGGGGUAGGGAAGAAGGAGAAAGGAGUGGGGUCAAGCGAAGGUGAGGGCUGCCCUCACCUCCCACCAGCUCCCAUGAUACCUAGCGUGCAGCCCCCCGAGAGUCAGGUGGUCCCAGUGUCACUCAUGGAAACCUUAGUUACUAUGGACCCCAUGGCUACCAAAGUCACCAUGGUUGCCAUGCAUACCACAGUCCCCAUAAAUACCACAAUUACCAUGGAGACCCAGGGGGGAGGGGCCUCAGAGUCAGACCCCCACCAAGCCACGCCCACCCUCCCAGAGGAGAGCAGCGUCUCUUCAGAUGGCCGGGGGUUCGUUAUGUGUGUGGCGGUACGUGUGCAGAAGGACCUCGCCCCACACGAGGCCUCCACUCCAGAGGAGGCGCUACAGGCAGCCUACUGCAGUCUGCUCCAGGGCCUGUCCCUGGAUCCGCCACCUACAGCAGGUGGUGAGAAGCAGAGUGUGUUGGAGUUCUUCAGACGGGCAAAGUGUGGCCCCCCAGUGGAGGACUGUGUAACAACAAUGGAGGGAAAGCACAGAUGCACUCUAAGAAUCGUAGGCGAGCUCACCUUCCACAGCACAGAGGCGGCCCCCAAAAAGCAGCAGGCAGAGCAUUGUGCAGCUAAGGAGGCACUGAGGUGUCUGAAUGGGGUCCUGAGUGGGGUUUUGGGCGGAGACAUCGGCGGAGCGGGUCCGAACUACAAGGGUAAACUCCAGGAGUUGCUGGUCAAGCAUGGAGGAGGAGCCAAGCCAGAGUACAAAAAUACUGAGGCUAACAAGAUCAGAACAGGAGCCGCUGCAAGUCAGAUGACCGGGGAAACUGCUGCUGUUGGCACUACUCUACAGGGGGACAAGUUGUCAGUUAGUGAUGCAGUUACCAUGGAGACAACGCCUGAAGAUUCCGGCCCGCCUCCGCCUAAGAGAUCUGCAGGGGGAGAGAUGGAAGACAUCCGGCAGUGUCUGGCACUGUGGAGUCUGCAGCCCCCGUGUGUGGUGUGUGAGGAUGUGUCUGUGGAGCAGUUGUGUGAGUGGAUGGUGGAGGUCCGACUAGACCGCCACGCCUUCCGGAACCAGACCCUGUUUAGCUCUAAGAAAGAGGCUAUCCGCCGGUCCUACCAUAGUCUGGGUAGAGCAGGGGAUAUCUGCCAGCAUGGCACCGAUGAGAAUAAGUCCACAGCGAUGGUAAAGGCUUGUUUCCUGCAGCAGUCGUUCCCGUUGCCUGUGGAGGAAGUAGCAGAACCAGAGAAGGGAAGGUUCUGCUGCAAUCUCAAAGACAUCACCUGUGUCUUCACUUACCGUGGAGAGGGUUCCAGUGAGGCUGCAGCAUGUCAGUCGGCCUACCAGAGGGUGAUGUCUUGUCUUGCUCCUUUCAUUGGCUACUGUGGUCCUGUGGCCCCACCCAGCAGCACUGAGGAUGCGAAGCGAAGGCUCAGCACUCUGUUGGAGGGGACAGCCCUUACAUCUGCGAACUCCGCCCUUUCAGAAUCUCAGUACAGAAUCUCCGCCCAGCUUAGGUUCUCGGGGUACAGCAUGGAGACUGAAGGACAGGACAGUAAGAAAGCUACCAGAGCCCAACUCAGCCAGCGCUUACUGGGCCUACUUGGGGAGGAUGAGAUGGACUCCACAGCCUCGGUGAGGAACGUUCUAGAUGAGUGGUUUGCGAAGAGAGGUCUGGAGAAACCCGGAUUUGAGGACACUAAUGACAAGUUUGGGACAAAAGUCACCUUCUCUGCCCCUCUCAUCUGCUCCUACAAAGAGUGGCAAGCCAGCCGGGAGAAAGCUAAGAAGAAAUUAAUCGAUGAACUGCAGAGGCGGGUCAAAUACCUUUGUGAUGGAAGCACCAACUGAGGGCCCACUGACCAAUCAUAAAAUAUAGUUUACUUACCCUUGGCUCCUGCAUGAAACGACAAAAUGUCCUCUAUUUCCCAGUCUGGAUCUCUCUCUUCCAAGUUUUCCCUCUUUUCCUCUGUGUUUCGUCAGUGCUAGUGGUGUUGGUGAUAGAUGUCUGUCUGUAAUAGUAUGGCUUUAAUAGUAUAUAAUUCACUCUUUGCAUGCACUGUUUUUACCACUGGUUAUGGCCCUGAUAUGAAAUUAUCCUACAUUUAGCAGCUGUUUUAGUUUUACACAGUCUAGUAACAUAAUGAAUGCACUUGUGUGCACCCCAGGUGUAGUACUUUUUAAUCUUUAAUAUUUCCCUAAGUAUUUUAACACUAAAUGAAAACGCUCCUCUCUGAUAAUAAAAAUACCAUCCACUACUUUGAAUGA